AUGAAAUUAAAUACAUAAUAAUUGUCUGAAAUUAAACAAGAACUUAAGAAAUUUUCUACAGCUCCAAUUUAAAAGUCUUAUUAAUUGAUUGCUUAAGUUUAUAAAAGUCAAUAUGAAUUAUAAUCUAUAAUUGAAAGCUAAAUCACUAAAAGUUUUGUUAGAAUUGGUUAAAAGAAAUAUACAGAUGAAGAUGAUGAAAAGUAUGCCAAAGCAAUUAAAAUAUGUCGUAAAUUAGUUAAAUAAUGGAAAUAAGUUAUUAUUUCUAAUGAUUUAAGUACAAAUAAUGAAGACAAUUAAGAUGUUUAAAAAAGUCAAUAAAAAUAAAUAUAAUCCAAAAAUAAUGAGCCAUAAAUUCAAAAAAAAUUCAAAAAUGAUGAAUAAAAAUAAGAAACUACUAUAGUGUAAAUAAAGAAUUAGAAAAAUGUAAAAUCUAACUUUAAAGAAAAUCAAAACAGUUCAAGUGAAUAUGUACAAGAUGACAAAAGAAAAAAAGCAAUUGAUGGAUUAACAAAAUAUUUUUAUUUACAAACUAAAAAUGAACAAAUAGAAUGGUCUAAAAAAAUUGAAUAAACUAUUUAUGAUCUCUAUAAACAUUCUGUAUAGAUAUAUAUGGAUAAAGUAAAAUCUAUUGUAAGAAUGAUUGAUAGAGAUUCAGAAUUUAGGGAAAAAUUGUUAGAAGGAGAAUUCAAUCUUAUAUCUGAAAUAACAAAUUUAAAAUGA